AAGAUGGCAGCUUUCGUUUGGGCUUCUUCCAAGUUUCGGGAUUUGGUGUUUUUGGUACGAAGAGCUACACCUGGAAGAGGUCAAAUGUGAAUUCAAACUCCCUUGGUUUCCUAAUUUCGAUACAAACACAAAAAAAACCCCAAAAUGGCUGACGAUCCAGGUCACAAGGUGAUGUUGCAUUUUUUGGAGACUUUAAUGUACAGUUCGGUCCCCUUGACCAUUAGCCAGCUAGCAGGACGAUUUGGCAGUCGCAAUUUCACGUCGGAGAUGCGCACGGCCGCUGGAGGCAAUGAAGCUGGUCUGAAGAAAUUUCUUCUGAAAUAUCCUUCACUGUUCACUGUAAAUGGAAACCUUGUGAGUUUGAAUGAUGGAACUGCUCUUGGGGAGGACUUUCGAGAAAGCAGCCCAGCUUCAUCAAGGACAAGCACCUCCGAUGUGUCAGUGGAGACCGAGGCUGUACAGUACUUUCGCAACCGGAUGAUCAAGAAAGGCGAGACCACCAUGCCAGUUGCCAGUCUGGCUGGCCACCUGUCGCAGGCAUCGCAAUCAAUCCGCGAAUGUGUUGGACCGCAGAAUAAGUUUCUGGAAUGGCUUCUUCGUCAUCCGUUGAUUUUUGACAUCAAAGAUGAUAUGGUCAGUCUGAAAGAUAAUGUCACGUUCAAUGCUGUGAAUCCCAACUCAGAGCCAAUCAGAGAUCUGAAAAUGACGUCAUCUGCAAGUCAGAACUUUCUUCUGCUGCCUAAUCAGCACACCCCUAAAUUGAAGAGGCGGCCAAAGUCUCUGGAUGUGUCAGACAGUUACAAGACCCAAGCAGCAGUAAAAACACCAUCCAGUUCGAGUUCCAAGCCAGGUCCUGUCACUAUGACAGCUAAUGAGUACAAAGCUGUCAUGUUUAUUAAGAGCAUCAUUGAGAAGAAAGGUGACAUGAAAGUUAAUGUCUUGUGCACUCAUUUCAGCCAGGCUCCAGAAAGUCUUCGCAAUACCAUAGGAUACGGUAAAGCUGAAUUGGAAAAGUUUGUUCGUGCUCACUCCAACUUGUUCCUGGUGUCAGAUGAUGGGUUGAUAUCUCCUAUUAAAAACACUCGUUUGAAUGUCAUCAUCACUGGCAGUCGCCCACAGACGGCAGGCCGUCCUAAUUUGUCUGGUCGGAAGGGUAAGAUUUAUCAUGUUGCCAAACUGUGGGGAAUCAUUGACCUUGGCAAGCAUGAGCAUGUCUUCAUAGACCGGACGAUAUUUGGUAAAGCAAUUGAUGAUUUAUGCAAAGUACUUGUGGUUGGGGAGACUGUCUGUUUUGAUGCAAUUCCUGCACCUAAGGGUAGUCGGGCUCGAUGGAGGGCAGUCAGAGUGUGGAAAGAGCACGAAUCGAUUGAAGAUUUAAUCGAGAAAGUUGCGGCAAAGCUAGACUUAAAACUUGAUGGUAUUCCCAGAGAAUCGGCCAAGCCUAUGAACAACAUUGAAGAAGAAAUGCAGAGAGAGAUUCCACACAUGAAUGACUGCAAUGAAGCCACCACACCACUCAGCAUUGGAGGUGUGAAGUAUUCGUUCUCCGAUGCAGCUCCCAGUGGUGCAGGCAUCGUUCCUGUGUGGAAUUUUAAACCAGCGGAACUGGCAGGUCUUCAAGACGUCGACGAUGACUUCAGCGAUGGUGAGGAGGCUGCACCGCAGCUGAACAUGGUGGCGGAGCGCUACUACAUGAACCAGUCUGUGAUCAGUGACAGUCCCCGCAGCAACAAGAGCAACAGCAGUCCAAGGACAGAUGAAGAAAACCUGAUGAAUGGGAAUGGGAUCAAAAAGUCCAAGCCGCAGUUUUGCAGCGUAUCCUGCCAAACAAUAGUCACGGGAGAGAUCUUGGCCACUCAGCUAUUCCACGAAGAUAUUGAAGUCUAAGAUAGUUUGUUGAUAAAAACCUUUUUUGAUAUCCUGGGUUACCAUUUGUAAUCUAUGGUACAGUUAAGGAACCUUGUUAAUGACAUUUGUAAUCACUUUAUGCCAAAGUUUGCCAAUACCAUUUUUUAAAAUUCAUACCUUCGAUUUUGUAGCUGUUCCAGGUCUUUGCAUGACCUCAUUAUGUCCAUAUAAAUUUGAUUUAUAUUUGUCUUUGGGAUUUUCUAUAAAAAAAUUGUCUGCAGCUAAAUUUAGUAUAGAGAUUUGCUGCAACUUGGAUUUUUUAUUUAAGCUUAUUUGGAUAAUUUCAGAAUUUUUAUUUAAAAUUUUAGUUUUCAUGCUGGCAUGCAGUUUUAAUCUCAGUAUUCAAUUUAAUGUCUACUUUUUAUAUUUUAUGUCUGCUAUAUUUGGGAUAUUUGACAUAAAUUGUGUACAACAUCUUAGCAGUAAGAGAACACAAAGGGCCGGAUUUACAAAGCCUGUUUUUCUUAAGUACAGAUGUCUAAGCAUUGUAAAUGUAUGUAGCUACACAUGUGUAAGACAUAAACAGGCUUUGUAAAUUCGAUCCUUAAUUUUGAUCUAGAUUUUGUACAUAUAAAGAUACAUUUUCCCAUGAAUUUAUACACCUGUGUACACCAGUAUAUAAUAUAUAAUUAUGCAGAAGUUUCAUAAUAAGUGACAAUAAUUUAUUGGAAGUGUAGUGAAUGUUUUACAUGUAUUAGCUAUUACAUGUAUGUCUUAGCUCGCAAUAUUUAUUUGAUUUCAUGGUGGUGAAGGUAUAUGUACUCAUAUAUCAUAAACAUAACGGGGUGAUUGUAACUUUUGUAAAGGAAUAUUUAUCAAGUUAACACAAAAUACGUCUCUUAGACUGUUAUACAGUGCAGCCUGCCUAAAUCAGAUCACCUUGGGAACCGAGUCAGCUCAACAUUUAUCCAGUUUAGAGAAGGUUCUGGCAUUUGCAUUUUAGUGACUAUCAGUAUUUCAUAAAUACAUUUGACUACUUCUUAAAUACAUUUGACUACUUCUUAAAUACAUUUGACUACUUCUUAAAUACAUUUGUCUACUUCUUAAAUACAUUCUUGUCAGAAAAAAAAGAGAAAUCUGAAUCUGAAAUUCCAAGCUAUCCCAACACUAGAAUGUCUUUUACAACAGUAAAUAAAUUAAUUAAAAGUUACAUUUGUUUAACCAUUCAAUGGCACUACCAUACAAAUAUAUACAUGUACUAAGUGUACAUUUAUAAUAAUAUAAAAGGACAACAAUUUAACCAUAAACAAUAAAAAUUUAUUUUGCCAUUACAAAUUAUGAAAAAUCUUAAUUGACUGUUGCAAGUAUGCUGUUCAUAUAUAUAAAUUUGUUUUUCAACUUUUAUUAUUUUAAAAUUUUAAUUUAAUUUUUUGAAGUUUUUUAAUAUGCAUUGAGAUGGAUAUCUACAGAUGCACUAUCAAUGACACUGAAUAAGUUUAUGGUAGGCAAGACAUUUAAUUCUGUAGAAUUCUUGUUUGCAAUUUACCAUAUGUUUUAGAAUGAAAAUAUAUUAUAUUUUGCCUUUUGCUGGUAUUUUUAUGAUCAUCUGAUUUAAUUGGAAUUCAAAAUAUGAACCCCAGUCAGUAUAGAAAUUAGUUUUUGGACAGUUUCUUCUUUCUGUUUAUCAUUAUCUGAUAGGCCAAACUGUCAACAAUGUAUAUUAAUAUAAACUGUUGAUGGUUGACAAUACCAAAAAUCUCAACGACACAACUGAUUUGAAUUCCUCCAACUCAAGUUUUAUGAUCAACAUGUAUCUUUACCAAUUACAUGUACAUCCUUCACUGGAGGAAUGUUGGUUUAUAUAAUGUAAUUCAUGUUUGGAUAUCCGUAUCUGCCAAGGAAUAAACUUAAGAUUUUAGCAGAACAUUCUAUUUGAAGAAUUCUUUGACACAAUAUUUAUUGUACAUGUGUGUACACCAGUUUGGAUUCACAAAAUGGAACAUUUGGUGUAAAUACAAUAUUCCUUAAAUUGGUAGAUUAUCAAUAAUUCACUGUUUGGUCAAAACAUAGCAGCAUAGAAUUAAUUGAUAAUAGUAUUUUUUUAUCUACAUAAACCCACGUUAAAUAUUUGAAUAUGCUCCCCCGAACGUCCAGUUUCUCCGUUUCUGAUUCUUAAUGGUGAUGACAAAACUAUUGAAAAUAAAAGUUAUUUCUUUUAGGUACAUGUGCAUUAUCUAGUCAGUGUCACGUCCUGGCUCAAAGUUUGAGGUGGUUAUUUUAAUAAUUUAAUACAACCAGUCAUUAUUAUACCUUUUAUUUAUACUUGGAACAUAGGGAAGGAGGAGGAUUAAAAAGGAUUUUUAUUUCUGAAAAAUAGUUUUUAAAUAAGAUUAACUUUUAUAUGUCAAAUCAGCCAGGACGUGACAUUAUAUAUUUUGAAAAAUAAUUUAAUAUACUAAUUAUGAUAUGAAAGAAGGCAAAGUAGUAUUUUCAUAUGCAGUAUAUUUUAGGUAUGAUGUCCUGAUACCUAAUUUUUAAAUUUGACAUGACAGUAAUGAAAUAUUACCAAAAAACAAAUGUCACGUCCUGGCUUACAAAAAUUCUUUUUUCAAAUAAAACCAUCAUUAAAACCCAUAAAACAUAAGUAAAUUGGCAAUAAAAGUAUAUUUGUAUGUGCUUACAGCUGUUAACUUUAAGUUAUAAUAAAAACUUAGUUUAACAGAUCAUUUUGAAAUUUCCACAAUCAUGGACCAAAUACCAUGGAAUGGCCCAUAUAUACAUGUACAUGUGUAUGUGCAAUUUUAAUUAUUUUUUAAAUGUUAGAACAAUCAGUCCAAUGUUGUUUUUGCAGGUUAAUUGAUUAAGAAUCUAUAAAGUUUUGAUGCAAAUAUUCAUAUGCUUUCUGGACACGUUUUGGUUUAUUACAUUGAAUACAUAUAGGAAAAAAUUCAGGAGAGAAAUAUUGGCUGGUUUUAAUAGGAAUGCAAUUUUGUCAUGAUCUGGUUUAGGCAGGUUCCACUGUGCACAUAAGUUGUUUUUCCACAUGGUUCUUGUGUGGCCAAGUUAGUUGAUUUAUGAUUAUAAUAUAAUGCAGUUUUAUUGUUAGAAUUAAAUUUGAAUUCUGUUUACUGAUGAUGUGCAUAUAUCUACAUGUACUAAUCCAAUCAUGUUAUGAAAUUGGUUAAAUAGUAUCAUCCUGAAACAAGUAUUGUACAUUAAAAAACAAAAUACAGAAAACAAAACCCAUUUACAGAGAUGGUGUCAUUCAUGUCGCAGCUAAUAAUCUGUUUAACAAUUAAAUGACGUAUUACUUUUAUGAAAUUUUAUUUGGUUAGAUUUCAGUUAAAAUAUAUUCAAUGUAUUCUGGUUAUGAAUCCUAAUGUUUGUUGGACUUGGCUCAAAGUGAAUUGUAUUUAAAAAGCAAGAAAACAUAUUAAUUUUGUAAUCCACUGUGAACUACUAUAAGCAUUCGUAUGAAACACAUGGAAUAUAUAAAGAGUUCCAUCACAAAAUGUGAUAAACGCCACUAUACACUCCCAAUCCUAAAAAUGUUUUAUUCCAAACCACCAUAAACACUACGCCAGUUUCUCUGCAAUCUGCCAUUUAUUCUCAGACAAUCGUAUUGCGUUUUGCUGAAAACUGAAUUUGAACUUGUUUUUGUCAACGUGUAAAUGGUGUCUGAGUGGUGUUCGCACAAUAGUUUUUAAUAUGGCAUUUUGUGAUGAAACUUCAUAUAUAUACAGAUACAUGUAUUGAUAUUCCAAGUAAGGAAAUGCAAUAUUAUUACAUGUAAUUUGUACAUGCAGUUUUAAUCAGUCACAAAUCUUGUGAGCUGGAACCAUUUACAAUGACUACAAAGUAAGGAACGAUGCCUUAAUAAUUUGCUUGCUGUAACCCGACCAAUAGAAAAACAUGACUGAGUUUUGUUGUAUCACCACCACUCACUGAGCGAUAAUUUUAUUCUCCGCUUUUUAAUUGCUUUUAAUUUUUCAGUAUAAUAUUUAACAUUUACAUUCAAUUAGUCGUUUAGGUUACAGGAAACAAAUUUGUUUUAAAGAAUGAGAUUUAUUAUAAAUAAUGACCGUAAUUUAAUUUUUCCAUGUUGUUUUUGUAUUUUUCAGCAUUAGUUUUGAUUCUUAUGGAUUGAUAGUCACUAAACUGCCAAAAAUUAAGAAGUUUUGUUUAUGUUAUUUAACAUUUAAAAACAUACAUGUAGCGCAAAUUAGUUUAGCUUUAGUCUGGAAUCUUCGUAUAUAAUACAUUUUCAAAUAAUUCUUUAGAACCUUUAUUUCUGAUAUUUCUUGCUAUCAGAAUCUACAAAUGUUUUGUAUAAUAUGUACUGUGUAAUAUGUCUCUAUAAUACAGAAUGCUGUCUACAUUGAAUUUUUAAUUUUGACAUAUUAAUUACGGAAAGAAAAUACAAAUUCUUUUUUUUUGUUUUUUUUUUUUUAAACUUUGUAAGGGAUAUGUACAUAUACCUUUUUAUGUGCCUUGGUGAUACUGUUGAAUUAAUUAUAGCCAAAAGAAUACACAAAACAUUUAUCUUGUCGUGUAUUUUAAAUACACAGAGAAAUGGUAUCGCACUGAAAGUGUCUUUUUGAAGCAAUAGUAAAGCUAAAUGUUAUAUCUAGGCUAUUGGUGUAUGGUAUUGUGCUAUAAUUGCUCAAAUUGGUGGCCUACGGUAUCAAGCUUUUACUAAGUAAAAACUAGUUCAACUUUAAAAAAAAAGAUUAUUACUAUUAAUACAAGACUGAAAGAAGUUGAAGUAGGAUAUGUCUUGAUAUUGGCUCAGAAAGUUUGCAAUUUUUGAUGAAGUUAAUAAAAUGUUUUAGAUUCAGUCUAAUGAAAACAUUUACAUGUAAACCCAUUUUCACAUGUUUACAUCAGUUGAUAAUCUAAAAGGAUCAACGAGUCUCCAGGGCUAGCUCUGGCACUCGAAAAAUUCGCCAAUUGCAAAUUUCAAAAACAAUUGAUGAAUUUUAUUUUAAUUUGGCGAAAUAAUUUCAUGAAAUAAAUGAUGUUUUGUUAGAAAAUAACUGGCUUUCUGCAUUUUUUUUAAAUUUGAUAGAUGAUUUGUCGAAAUUUUCUGCUGGCUCAGAGCUAGUCGUGAGUCUCUUUGUGUGAAUAUACGAAAAGCCAAAUUGUAAAGUAGGUUACAGGAACUUUAUAGAUUCUUAAUCAGUUAACCUACAAAAACAACAUUGGACUGAUUGCUCUUACAUUAAAACAACUAUUAAAAUUGCACAUACCCAUACACAUGUACAUAUGAUAUGAACAGGUUACUACAAUGUCAUGAUAUGAACAGGUUACUACAAUGUCAUACACAUACAAUGUACAUGUGUAUGUACAAAUUAUUUGAAAAUACACUGUAUAAGACUGUUUGUUAACUUAUAUUGCAACUACAGUAGGAAACUGUAGGUACAUGUGAGCUGUGAAUGCAGUAGAUAUUUUAAAAAGAAAAAUGUAUUUUUAAAAAAGAAAAGGUUAGUGAUUUGUGAAUGGGUAGGUUUUAAUUGUUUUAAACAUUGGGGUGAUAGAAGCUGAUAACUGUUACACAAAGGAUUUGGAAUCAAAAUGAACAUUUAUUUUUGAGCAGAUUGAUUCUUGGAAGUGAUAGUUGUAAUAGUAGUUAGCAUCCCUUUACCUACCACUGGUGCCAAGACUUGGUGCUGUUAUUAUCAUCACAAGAUUGACAAGCUUAAAGGCAUACUGUCAUGGAUUUAAGGACCUUAUUUUCUCUAAAAAUGGAUAAUAAAUAAAAAUUACAUUAAUUGUUGGAAACCAAAUCUAGCUAUCGCAUC